AUGUCUGCACCAAAGUUCAAAGUCAUCAUUGCGGGUGCCGGUCCUGUUGGACUCUCGGCGGCCCAUGCCCUUCGUCUAGCCAAUAUCGACUUCCUCGUCCUUGAAAAGAGACAAAAUGUUGUCAUUGAUGUUGGUGCUUCCUUAGCUGUUGGUCCUGCGAGCAUGCGGGUAAUGCACCAGCUUGGCCUACUAGAGAGCCUUUUGGAGGUUAGCCAUAAGUCUGAACGCAGAAAAGCGCUUACUAUUGACGGGCGCGUCGUUAAAGAUACUCCGUUUUACCAUCAUUUAAAAAACAAUACUGGUUCCACAUCGAUAGCAUUCAAUCGCGUUGAUUACUUGCGGCUUUUGUAUGAAAGACUCGGAAGCGAUCAGGCCAAGGUACUGACAGGAAAGGAUAUUGUCGAUAUUAUAAAUAGCAAUUCCGGCGUUACAGUAAAGUGUGUCGAUGGAACUAUUUAUGAAGGGUCAAUUGUGAUUGGCGCAGAUGGCGUCCACAGCAAAGUGCGCCGCGUAAUGCGCCGGAUGGCUCUAGAAGAGGACCCGACGAGAAGCUGGGACGCAGAAAAUCCGUUCUUGACAACGUACAAGUGCCUCUGGUUUUCCACUCCUUCACUUCUCAGCGAACAGAACCUUUCUGGAUGCCCAGACAUGACGGUUUAUGAAACAUAUCACAAGGAUCACUCCAUCAUGUGCUUGAGCGGUAAGCUGCGUUGCUGGACCUUUCUUUAUAAAAAGUUGCCGCAGCCGACGACGCAACGCCUCACUUAUACCAAGGAGGAUAUGGAGGAAAUGGUGAAUACGUUUACCGAUUUUCCCAUUACUGAGUUUGUGAAGGUGAGAGAGGCUUAUAAUAAGAGGAUAAGCUCUUCUAUGGCCUCUAUAGAAGAAGGAAUGACUCGCCACUGGAGCUGCGGCCGCAUUGUGCUCGCUGGAGAUAGCUGUCACAAAUUCGCGCCAAACCUGGGUCUUGGCUAUCAGAGUGGGCUACAAGACGUAGUUGCUUUGUGCAAUCGACUCCAUUUGGCCGUUGCCCAAGCACCAGAUGGAAUACCCAGUACUCUCGCCUUGAACCAAGUGUUCCAAUCGUAUCAUGCCUUUCGGCAAGGACCUGCUAAUAUAGAUGCCAAGUUAUCCGCAUUUUUGAUUCGGCUGACUGUCUGGGCUAACCUCUUUCAUUACUUCCUAUCACUCUACAUACUUCCCUCAUUAAUAGCGGACCAUAUCUUGCAGAACUGGAUUUUCCCUCCGAUUGAUAGACGGAUGCUGGUUCUUGAUUAUGUAGAAUCAGAAGAGCCAUUUGCCGGAAGAGUGAGCUGGAUCUAUAAAAUACCGACACCUUCAAAGGAAAAGGAAGACUGAGUUUGAAUAUGAUAUUAUCGUCUAUGGGAGCUCAACAAAAAAAGAAAUACAUGAUGAUAAUGAUGAUGGGACAUCCAGAAAGGGCCGUGUGCUUUGAAAGCCAGCAAGUAUUCCGCGUAUUAUGUCAUAAACUAUUUGCUUGCGUGUUAGUCAGGCAGAAUAUUUAUCCUUAUUACUACUCUAUGGAAUUUUCGGC